GACCUCAAGGUGCGGUCAUAUGACUCCCAGCUGGUUGAAUCAGAGUCAACACAGUUAGAAGCACUUCUGUGGAAUUAAUUCAUGUACUUUUGUAGCCUUGGAGUCAACUCUGCUGGAAGAAAACAGGACUUGUUGUGCAGCUCCAGGCCACACAGUGACAUGGGCUUCUGGAAAAGAGGUGUUGCUCAAAGAAGAGGAUGAUUGUUUGUCGCGUCUUGGGGUUCCGUGAACGCACCGCACCGGAUAAGCUCCACUUACCUGUGCAUACUGCAGACACGCAUGGAAGAUCUGAGUGAAAGAAGUCCGCGACGGUCAGCGGGAGGGGAGACGAGGUCAUUGGACAGUCAGGAUGCAGAUGUCCAAGUCCAGAGGGGGGUGGCAGCGGUCAGCUCUCCCGCAUUCUGCACCGCACGACUCACCUUACCGGGGGUCAUGGACGCAGAGGGGAGGGUCGACGAGUCCAGACUGAGGAUGCAUGUCUUCAAAAACGGUGGUGUGUUGCCAUCUGAGCGAGGCCUUGUGUGGCGGUUCUUGUUUGGGAUGUACCCAUGCAGCUCAACGGCUUUAGAGCGCCCUCUGCUGCAGGAGCAGUUGGUCGUACGUUACCAGGUCAUGAAGAGAAAGUGGCAGCAGUUCCUUCCUUCAGCAGUGCGCAUCCAUCUCAACGGCACCGAUGCAGAGUUGGUGGCAGCAGUUGGGUACUUUAACAGGAGGCAGAAUGAGGCCCAGCAACAGAUCCAGGACUACAGGGAGGACGUCACGGACAGGCUGGCUUUUUUGGAGCUACAGGCACAGAUAUUGUUUGAGCGGAUUACAUUUAACCGAGAGGAGCUGCGGGAAGCCACACGAAUCAUUGACAAAGAUGUGCCAAGAACAAACAGAGACCUGAGCUAUUACAAGGGCCAAGGUUCAGGCAACCUGUUGGUGUUGAGAGAUAUCCUCAUCACUUAUGCUGCUUUUCAUCCAGAGGUCAGUUACGCCCAGGGAAUGAAUGAUCUGUGCAGCCGGUUCCUAGAGGUUCUGGACUGUGAGGUGGACACUUUCUGGAGCUUCUCCAGCUACAUGGAGAAGUUUUCCAAGGACUUCAGGGCUGAUGGUCUGCACAGAAAAAUAGAGUUGGAGGCGGCUCUUUUGAAGGAACUAGACCCCCAGCUCUAUUCCCAUCUAAUGACAGAUAAUAUGGAGAGUUUUACCUUCUGCCACAGAUGGCUGCUGCUGGGCUUCCAGAGGGAGUUCGAACACAGUGACGCACUACGUUUGUUUGAGAUCCUGAGCUGUGACCACCUAGAGCUAGUUUCCCAACAAGUAGACAAAGCCCGUUAUCAAGAAAGGCUGGCAAGAAAAUUCAGCUCAGAUGACAGUUCAGAGUCAGAACUGCAAACCGUCAACCCUGAUUUCACGUUUGAGCUUUUCAUCUGUGCAGCCAUUUUAUUAGAAAACAGAAUGUCUCUGCUGAGUUGCCAGGACGAUGUGCAGCUCAUCCAUUUUGCAAGCAGCCUUCAGGGAACUCUGGACCUGAACAGCACAUUGAAGAAAGCAGAGCACCUGUUCUACAACUACUGCAAGCGCUGUGCUUGGGAUUAUAUGAACAGGCUUUAUAGACAGAACACGACCAAAGAAUAUGACUUAUUAUAUCAGCUCCGUAGUUUAUUUUUUUAAAAUGAUAGCUGCUAUUUAAACAUUUUGUAACUGUAAUCUGAAACAAGGGACACAUAAUCCCUAUUUGAGUUUAAUGGCACAUCCUUUUAGACUUUUUUAUUUGAGGGAAACACUAAUGUAUGGAUGGCUACUCCUCAGUAAUUGCUGGUUAUAUAAAAAUGAAUGUAUAGUAUUUAUUGUUUGAUAGUAGAUGAAAAAGUGAAUAAUUUCCUUUUUUCAACUGAACUGCAGAGACUGACAAUGCCUUGUUACCUCAGAGCCACACCUUUUUUUAUAUGUUAUGCAAUACUUAACUGCUAGAGGAAAACAACUACUUGUACUUGACAAAUGCGUGUGAAUACUAAGAUCUGGUGUGUCGCAACAGGUGGUGUUUGUAACGAACUGCAGUUAUUUUUAAUGUCAGAUGGCUUCUGUGUCAGAGAGGCCUGUGUAACAAGAAUAGAUAUGCACUUUGUGAGAACUGGUUGAGGGACCAUGUGCUAAGACACUGCACUGCACAACUAUGUAUUAAAUAAAGAAUAAAACACCUACACAGUUUAAAAAUAAAUAAAUAAAUAAAUAAAUAUAUUAAUGUCAUUUGCUUGGUUUACUU